UAGAGCUGAGUCGAGGGGAGCGACCCGACAGCCGCAGUGAUGCCAGUGACCCUCUAGGAUGCUCCAUACACGGAUGGGUUUAUUACCGUCUGCUUCAGCAUCGGGCCUUUAAGCGGAUCCGGCUCAAUCUGGGACGAAGGUGUUUUCCUGUAAUAGGGAAUAACGGGAUCGCGCGACCUUGAGCUGAAUGUCAUUAGAAACGGGGUUGAAUCGCGCUACGACAAUUAGGAUUUGAGUCUCAGCGAUGGAUAUUAUAAAGCAUAUAAUCAAGGACACAGUCGAAUUCUACAAAUGGAGUCUCACCAUCGCAGACAAGCGUGUGCAGAAAUGGCCGUUGACGGACUCUCCGCUCCCCACGCUGGCUAUCAGCUCCUCGUACCUGCUGUUUCUCUGGCUGGGGCCCAAGUACAUGCAGGGCCGAGAGCCCUUCCAGCUGAGGAAGACCCUCAUCGUCUACAACUUCAGCAUGGUCAUCCUUAACUUCUUCAUAUUCAAAGAGCUCUUCCUCGCAGCACGAGCGGCCAACUACAGCUACAUCUGCCAGCCUGUGGACUACUCAGACGAUCCCAAUGAAGUGAGGGUGGCAGCAGCUCUGUGGUGGUACUUUAUUUCUAAAGGUGUGGAGUACCUCGACACUGUGUUCUUCAUCUUACGCAAGAAGUUCAGCCAAAUCAGCUUCCUGCACGUCUAUCACCACUGCACCAUGUUCACUCUGUGGUGGAUCGGCAUCAAAUGGGUCGCCGGUGGACAGUCGUUCUUUGGGGCUCAUAUGAAUGCAGCCAUCCAUGUCCUGAUGUACUUGUAUUAUGGGCUGGCCGCAUUCGGUCCAAAAAUACAGAAAUAUCUGUGGUGGAAGAAGUAUCUGACCAUCAUCCAAAUGAUCCAGUUUCACGUCACCAUCGGUCACACGGCUCUGUCGCUGUACUCCGACUGCCCGUUCCCUAAGUGGAUGCACUGGUGUCUGAUCGGAUACGCCCUCACCUUCAUCAUCCUCUUUGGGAAUUUCUAUUAUCAGACGUACCGUCGUCAGCCCCGCCGCGAGACCGCGGCCAAACCCGGCAAAGCCCUUCAUAACGGAGCCUUUUACGGAGCCCUGGCCUCCAGUAACGGAAACGCCGGCAAGACGGACGAGAAACCGGCAGCGGCCGAGAGCGGCAGGAGAAAGAGGAAGGGCAGAGCGAAGCGUGAUUAAAACGGCUGACAGGUUAAAGGUCAGGAGCCGUUCGCACGCCUGCGGUCAAUCCCUCAUGGUUACCAACAAACAGUAUGACUGCAGAUAGAGAGAAAAGUGAGCCUAGAUGUAGAGAGACUGAACAAUAUCUUUCCUUACCGUCCUCCUUAAAGGCACAGUUCGCCCAAAAAUCAUUUACUCACCCUCAAGUGGUUCCAAACCUGUACGAGUUUCU